GGCUUAACAAGCGUCGGGGCUUUUCUUCUUUUUGCAGCUUGCAAGGAUCUCUGUUUUUUGCAAAACAGUUCCGAGAAAACAAUGGCCAACUUCUCCUUAUGGGCAACUUUUGGAUUAUGUUUGCUGAAGCUUUGUCUAACAGAAACACAAUUCAAUGUAAGUUGCAGAUAUGGAGGAGUUUUUCAUGUUGAGAAAAACGGUCGCUACAGUCUCACACGAUCUGAAGCAGUUGAACUCUGCAGAGCUCUCAAUAGUACCUUGUCAACACUAGAGCAGUUGAAGAAAGCACAUGAACUUGGAUUUGAAACUUGCAGGUAUGGCUUUGUAGUGGGGAAUAUUGUUAUCCCACGAAUCAAUCCAUAUCAUCUUUGUGCAGCAAAUCAUACUGGCAUUUACAAACUUUCAGCAAACACAACUGGUCGGUAUGAUGCAUACUGUUACAAUGUGACAGAAACACGGGACAAAGCAUGUGAGCCGAUUGAAAGGCUAGAUACUUCUUUCCUCAAUAAUCAGGGUGAAAUAGUCAUUGACAAUGCAGAUGGCUCACGUUACAAUGCAGAUGGCACACGUCAUAGCGGAGAGUCCUCAACCUCAGGUGCAGAUGAUGAAAAUGUAGGUAGUGGAUCAACACAUGACACAACUCCCAUGGAUACCUCCAUCAGGAGAUCCAGCCCCUCAUAUUAUGGAAGUGCUACUCCGGUCUCACAGCUGCCAGAUCAUUCUUCUGGAGGGGGUGAAAAAGAAAUUCCUAGAAAAGAUUCUGAUAAUGAAGUUUCUCCUGUAUCACCUGACAUCUCUUUGGUGACGGCAGCUGAUGAUUCCCCUGAAAAAGAUGGUGGACAGUAUCCUGCGAGUACUAGUAAGAUUUAUGUAUUAUGAUAACUACAUCAAAUAUAGAUUGCAUUAAAACUGCUUUCUUCUUCCAGCAGGGCAUUCUGGUAAGUGGUGAAGUAUACAUCAUCUCCGAUUUUGGAAAGACAUUGAAAGACAGUACUUUCCAGACUGGUUAAGUCAGAAAUAAACGUCACUCCCUG